CAAGUUGUCAACAAAACGAAAAUAUUCGACUGGAUUGUGUUUCGCAAUAAGCUAAUAACUAUUAUAUUUGUAUUUAAUGUUUGAAGAUGAAUGUAACGCUAGUGAGCUUGGAGGCAUUACUGUUAAAAGCUACGCACGAAUCCCUGCCAUGUCCGGACGCUCCAGCAUUGGAGGCAUUCUGCAGCGUGAUGCGGGACUCCUCGGAGGGUCCGCAGUUAGCAGCCCAGACACUAUCAAAUCGCAUCCACACACAAAACGCCCGAGAGGCAUUAUUAGCGCUUUCAACCGUAGACCGCUGUAUGCGCAAAUGCGGACCGGCUUUUCAUGCGGAAAUUGGCAAAUUUAGGUUCCUAAAUGAAAUGAUUAAACUAGUAUCGCCUAAAUACUUUGCUAAUAGGACAGCACCUGAAGUUCAAACUAAGGUACUUCAGCUACUUCAUGCUUGGUCAAUUGAAUACCCAAAGGAAUCUAAAUUUAAAGUAGCAUAUGACAUGUUGAAAAACCAAGGGGUGAUAAAAGAGACUCCGCCACCCCUGCCCCCAGAAGAUGUGGUGGUGAGCCCUCGGAAUAAGAAUGCUAUAUUCGAGGAUGAGGAGAAAUCUAAGCUGCUGCAGAAGCUGUUGCAGAGCAAGAAGCCGGAGGAUCUGCAGCAUGCUAAUAGGCUCAUUAAGAGUAUGGUCAGAGAAGAGGAGCGUCGCACGGAAGCAAACUUCCGCCGCGCCCACGAAGUAGCCUGCGCGCUAGACAGCGCCGGGCUUCUCCAAGACAUGCUACGGCACGCAAACGCCGCGACACCAGACGAGUUACAGCUUAUUCGGGAGCUGUUCGCGCGUUGCGCCCGCCUUCGGCCUACGCUACAGCGGCUGGCAGCCGCUACGACUAGUCAGGACAACUUAGAUGACAUCCUUAGUUCAAUUGAUCUCUUAGACGAAGUGGGCGAGCAAUACAAGCAAUGCAUGCAGCAACAAACCAAAAAGGAAGAAGACAAACCCACCAACGAGAGCCUACUAGACUUCGCUGGGGCCCCGACAGAUGGCGAUAAAGUCAGUGUUGUCCAAAGCCCGGCUAUUGAUGAGCUGGGCGAUAUAUUUUCUGCCAAAGAUGGACCUAGCAAUAUCGCUGAGCCGUUGAAACCGGUUAAUCUUAUGUCAAAUGGGAAAGAAAGUGAAGACGUGGAUCUGCUGGGAGAAAAACCCGCCAAGACUGAAGGAUGGAACGAGCUGGACUCACUUGGAGCGCAACUUCUUCGCCAGUCUUUACCUGACAGCGCGAAACGACUUGACAACUUCAACAGUAAACCAGUGAAAAAGGUCCCCAUGAACGAAUUAGAAAAGCUAUCACCAAAGCAAAGCGAAGUACCUAAGAACGGCGCUUUCGACCUCGACUUCUUCACCAAAAAACCCGAAAUUAAACCCAGUCCUAUAGAAAUUAAGAAUACCGAAGACAUUCCUGUAAGUCCCAACGACGAUGUUAUGGUUGAUAUAACUGAGAACGCUGCUCAAGAAGAGAUUAAAAAAUAUGAAAUAAAAAGUCCAGUGACUACGACAGUAGAACCUUUAACAGAUGUGUAUGUAGACCUGGCAAGUGUCACAAGGAAUUUGUCAUUGGUGGCUUAUAAGGAGGAUGGCGGGGUGACUGUGACGCUGGAGUUUUGUAAGGACAAGCCGCGGGGCGACGUUAGUGUGGUGGUGGUGGUGACCACCAAUAAUGGCCAGUUUGAGAUUGAGGAUUAUAAGUUCCAGCCUGUUGUGCCAAAGGGUUGCAAAGUCCGCCUCCUCGCACCAACCGGUACAACUCUCCCCCGUUACAACCCAUACGAGUCUCCAUCUAUAAAACAAAUCAUGCUGAUCGCGCGCCCCGCACACAAACCGCCCGUCAACCUGAAGUUCGUCAUUACCUAUUCUUCACAAGAUGAACCUUGCUCGGAAAUAGGGGAAGUGGCUAGGUUACCUCUGGAUGACAUAUAAUAGUUUAUUUAAGGUUAAACUGAGGAACAUACAUUCAAACUGUAUCGUGCAUAUUGGGUUCCCAAACUGUUCUCCAUAUCACAGAAUGUCUGUGAAUCAGAACGACCAAGGCACUACAAUAGUACUCUUUAUUCUACUGUGACCAAAACCAAAGUGUUAUUGCAUCGCGACGUUACGCGCUCUGUGUGAAAUAAGUUAUCUAACUUGCGUCAACGGAAUGAAUCAUGCAUGGUCGCGCGAUAAAUGAUAAAACACCAGGGGCCCGUUUCUCGAAAGGUACAAGUCUUGUAUUACAAGUGUGUUUCCAUGACAACCCAUACGAUUUGACAGUUCGCGCACUUGUAAUACAAGGCUUGUACCUUUCGAGAAACGGGCCCCAGGCCGUCCCUAUUGAACUUACAAAUUGUGCGAUAGGCACGGCCUGAUGUUUUUAUAAUUUAUCGCGCGACCAUGCUUACUUGCCUGGGUAUCGUUUGAAUGUAAGCUUCUUGGUUUAAACCAAACUUUACGCGUCUAUUCCUUUUUAAGGUUGUACCAGCUUAAUUAUGUGCUUUCGUUAAUUCGAUUAAGCUUAAAAAUAUCAUCUAUGCAACGUGAACUAGAUUCAGAUCCCCAUAGUUAGAUAAUUUGGGAUAAAAUAAAUACAUACUAUUUAUAACUAUGAAUGACAAAAAUAUGUGUAAAAAAAUCUGUGCUUUCAUUUUGUAUACUUAAAAAUUCAUAGACACAAAGAUCCGCCAAACUAAAAUAUUGUGUUUUAUCUAUUAUUUAAUGUGUAAGCAAAUAAAGACAAAUUAUAUUGUUUGAAAGUUGAGUUGAUGAAGAUCUGAUUAUUAUAUAUAAGAUAUAUCUAAGUAUGCUUUUAUUACUUUAAGCAUCUUCGUUUGCAAUAUGUUAUGGUCUCAGUUUAUUUUAAGUUUGAAAUAUCGAUGAAUCAUUAGGCCUUUCAGUCAUACGCUGAAAACUGUGCUUCACCUAUAAAACUGCCACACAACACAAGGUUUUUUAAUGUUUUACUUUUAGCAUGUGUCUGUGCUUUAAUGUAUCAUUGGUGGUCGGUAUACUUAUUGUUAGUUGGCAUAUUAUUGAGUGAGAAGAUAUUUUGAAUAUUUGUAUAUUUUGUUCUAGUCGAAAUUCCAUUGAAAUUGCAUUUAUGACAUUCCAAACUGACUGUACUUAAAAUUAUUGUAUUUUAUUUUCCAGGGAGCAUUUAUGUAUACUUUAUAAUUAUUUUUAAGGAUCGGGUUGCAGUAUUAGUGUACGAGAGUUUCAUUUUAAGGUAAGGUACAGCGGGGAAAAUCUCGACUGGGGGGCAAAUGUAACUGGUCUAUUUUUUCCAUGUUUUACAAUGUUUGCAUUAUUAAAUAAGUGUCCACCGGUUAUAUGUGGUAGGCGUGUUCA